UUCCCUCGCUGCUUGCCGUACAGAAACAAACCGACUGCGUCUUCAGUUUUUAUUCAUUGACCCAACGUGGGGGUAAUUUACAUGUUUUUAGAGAAACGUAUCUGGAUAAAACUGCGUUUUGAAAAGCUAUAGUAGCAACGAAAAGCAUCACACAAUAUAAUGGAAUCAGAAAAUCGUCAAAAAAAGAGAUACUAUUCGGAAGAGGAUAAGUCCGGAUCAGAUCAUCCGUCUGAAGAAGAUGACUAUGUUCCAUACGUACCUGUUAAAAUCAGGAAGAAGCAAAUGCAACAGAAGAUGCUUCGUCUGAGGGGCAAGGUUGUGGAGGAGGAGCAGAAGGACAGUGGUGGAGAGCAGAGGGAUGAGGAUGAUGGGCUGGGACCACGCUCCAACGUCUCUCUGCUGGACCAGCACCAGGUUCUCAAGGAGAAGGCUGAAGCUCGUAAAGAAUCGGCCAAAGAAAAGCAGCUGAAAGAAGAGCAGAAGAUUCUGCAGAGUGUGGCUGAGGGCCGAGCUCUCAUGUCAGUGAAGGAGAUGGCCAAAGGUAUUAUCUACGAUGACCCCAUCAAAACAAGCUGGUUGGCUCCACGGUACAUCCUGAACAUGCCUCCUGCCCGACAUGACCGCGUCAGGAAGAAGUACCACAUCUUAGUGGAUGGAGAUGGUAUCCCUCCGCCAAUCAAAAGCUUCAGGGAGAUGAAGUUCCCACAGGCAAUCUUGAAAGGUCUGAAGAAGAAGGGGAUCGUUCACCCUACCCCCAUUCAGAUCCAGGGAAUCCCAACCAUUCUGUCUGGCCGGGACAUGAUUGGCAUUGCCUUCACUGGGUCAGGAAAGACUCUGGUGUUCACGCUCCCCAUCAUCAUGUUCUGCCUCGAGCAAGAGAAGAAACUGCCCUUCUGCAAGAACGAAGGACCAUACGGACUCAUCAUUUGCCCUUCAAGAGAGUUGGCCAAACAGACACACAGCAUCAUAGAGUACUACUGUAAGCUCCUGGAGGAAGAGGGGGCUCCACAUAUGAGAUCCGUCCUGUGUAUCGGAGGCAUGUCAGUCAAAGACCAGAUGGAGGUGGUCAAACAUGGUGUCCACAUGAUGGUGGCGACCCCUGGGCGUCUGAUGGACCUGCUCCAGAAGAAGAUGAUCAGUCUAGAUAUCUGCCGGUACUUGGCUCUGGACGAGGCUGACAGGAUGAUAGACAUGGGCUUUGAGGAGGACAUCAGGACUAUCUUCUCCUACUUUAAGGGCCAGAGACAAACCUUGCUGUUCAGUGCCACCAUGCCUAAGAAGAUCCAGAACUUUGCAAAGAGUGCCCUGGUAAAACCUAUUACCAUCAACGUGGGCCGGGCUGGUGCUGCCAGCCUGGAUGUCAUUCAGGAAGUGGAGUAUGUGAAGGAAGAGGCUAAGAUGGUUUACCUGCUGGAGUGUCUACAGAAGACCCCUCCCCCGGUGUUGAUGUUCGCUGAGAAGAAAGCUGAUGUGGACGCCAUUCAUGAAUACCUCCUGCUGAAAGGAGUGGAGGCUGUGGCAAUUCACGGAGGAAAAGACCAGGAGGAGCGGACCAAAGCCAUCGAGGCAUUUAAGGAGGGGAAGAAGGAUGUGCUAGUAGCUACAGACGUGGCGUCUAAAGGUCUGGACUUCCCGGCUAUACAGCAUGUUGUCAACUACGACAUGCCCGAAGAGAUAGAAAACUAUGUCCACAGGAUUGGUAGGACUGGCCGAUCAGGGAAGACUGGUAUCGCGACCACUUUCAUCAACAAAGGCUGUGAUGAGUCUGUGCUGAUGGACCUUAAAGCCCUGUUGAUAGAAGCCAAGCAGAAGGUUCCUCCGGUUCUCCAGGUUCUCCAGACAGGAGAUGAGACCAUGUUGGAUAUUGGAGGGGAAAGAGGCUGUACGUUCUGUGGUGGUCUGGGACAUCGGAUCACAGACUGUCCCAAGCUGGAGGCCAUGCAGACCAAACAGGUCACCAACAUUGGACGCAAAGACUACCUGGCUCACAGCUCCAUGGACUUCUGAGUCCUCUUCUGCUGUGUGGACCGCCGUCCCCUGCUGGUAUGCCGUUUGGUUGGUUUUGCCAGGUCCAUGACUACAAAGAUGACUACAAUCUGCACUCUGUAAAGUUUUUUUGCUUACAGCUUACUUAUUUUGCCCUGGUGGACUGAAAGAAAGACAUUUUAAAACCUUGGGAUUGUCUUCAAAUAGUUAAAAAGGAUCUGCGAGGUGAUUCUGUCCCGUGGGUCCGCUCGCGUGUUUGUGAUGGCCCAGGUUUUCAAAGUUCUGUACUGUCAUUACUAAUCUUGAUGCUGUUAUGGAUGCAAGGUGCUUUCGUUUUCUCCUAACAAUGUUACCAGGUUGGCAAAAUAAAAAUGGAGAGCUUGUUUGUAUUACUUGUUUUAAAAUGUAAAAAUGUCAGUGUCUUGACGAUGUAAAUAAACCAUUAAUAACAACCCAAGU